CCACCCGGCUGCGGAAGUAUUUCCAGGUUGCACGCUGCUCUCUCCCUGCUUUGCCCUUUUGAGCUGACUGAAAUAUCGCACAGUAUUGCCAAUGGCGGAUUUCAGUACUUUCGAUAUGCCGUCGAGCGGUUCGUCGGAAAAUGCGGACACGGCGGAACUUCAGCGUCUGAUUGCUGUGGAGCAACAGAAAGCACAGUUUCAGGCUCAGGUGCACAACUUCACAGAUGUGUGUUGGGACAAAUGUAUAGAGAAACCGAGCUCAAAACUGGACUCGCGCACUGAGGCGUGCCUUGUGAGCUGUGUUGAACGCUUCAUUGACACCACACUCGCCAUUACGAACCGCUUCACACAGAUGGUGCAGAAGGGCACACACUGAGCACGUUGUCACAGGGCGACCUCUCAAGGACAAGUGGCCUACGUUCCUGUUUGCAGCCUCUACCUUGUUGGUGAAUAAGAAGGAAAGGUCUACUGCCAUGUCUCAAACUGAAUCCCAAAUGACUGUACUCCCUGUAGAUGUGUGCUAUGUAGGGUAUGAGAAAGUGACUAAUGCCUUCAAUUUCAGCAUGCCAGUGUAUAUCCUAAUGUACCCUGAGACAAGUCUAGAAAUCAGAGUCCCCUGAGAAAAUCUUACACUGAACCCUUCCUCCCCACUCCAGCAAAAUCUACCUUAAAGUAACCCUGAAUGUGCCAUUUUAACCCACUAAGGAACACCUCUACACAUAUAUCCUCAUUAAAAUGCAAAUAUCUUUAAAUAUCCCCAUGUCUUGAUGCCAUCCAGAAUAGCUAUCCAGCAGUUUACUUGCUAGUAGACAAACUAGCAUUUGUCACAGAUAGACACAAGUGAGAUCAGGAUCUUGAUUUUUCCUUCUAAUAAUUUGUGAUUUAACGGUAGUAAAACCUGUCAAAAUAUACUAUAAGUGUUUCACUAACAUUGUUAAGUUAGCUAGCUAUCACAGUACACCGGUUAUGUUGUCCUCUAGGGAUCUGCAAUCAUGCAUUGGGCAGGACUGGUCCAAACUGUCGAUUUAGCACAGUGUUACAUUUUUUAAAUCCAAACAUUAAUGUUGAUACUUGGACUCCGACGUCUUUUAGAGCAGGGAUGUCCAAUCAUAUCCGCAAAGGGCUGGUGUGGGUGCAGGUUUUCAUUCCAACCAAGCAGGAGCCACACCUGAUUCCACCUGUUUAAUCAGUUGAGCUUGGCUUUCAAUAGGCUCAGGUGUGGCUUCUGCUUGGUUGGAAUGAAAACCUGCACCCACACCAGCCCUUUCCGGAUAAGAUUGGACACCUCUGAUUUAGAGUUUAUGGGUACGUUAAUCACCAAAUCACAAUGCUGCUCAUGCUCUGUGUAAUAUCCUAUACAUCAAAUAUGGAGCCAUUUGGGAUAUAGCCUCAAUUUUUGAGCUCAUGACACAUCUCAUACCGUCACUUAUGUCAUAUCUACAGGAGAACAACUAGGAACUUUUCCCAGUGAACUGUGUGUGAUUUAUAGUUCACUUAAUGAACCUCUCACCACAUCGUUUCCAAGCCGCUAUUGUCCUUGUCUAUGAACCCCCUUGGACCUUUGUUUGAAAUUAUCAGAUGUAACAAUUAUCUCACUGAUUGCUUGGAUUAACUGUCAAGUCUGUGAAUUUCAGUCUUAUUUUUGUUCAAGUUCAAAGUGUUUCUAUGUGUAAUAGCUCUGAUUAAGUAUGAAUUAAUUAAUUAAAUAUUAUGGGUAA